CGGGCCAGCGGGGAGGGAGGGCGAGCGGGCCGAGAGGCACCUGGGCGCCCGGAGCCCGCCCGCCGCCGCAGCGUCGCCCGCCCGCCCGCCGCCCGGCCAUGUCCUGGGCCCUGCUCCUCGGGCUCCUGGCCGCGCUGCUGCUCCUGCUGCUGCUGAGCCGUCGACGCUCGCGGCGACCUGGUGAGCCUCCUCUGGACGUGGGCAGUAUCCCGUGGUUGGGCCAUGCCUUGGAAUUUGGAAAAGAUGCUGCCAGCUUCCUCACCAGGAUGAAGGAGAAGCAUGGUGAUAUAUUUACUGUGCUGGUGGGGGGCAGGUAUGUCACUGUCCUCCUGGACCCCCACUCCUAUGACACGGUGCUGUGGGAGCCUCGCACCAAGCUGGACUUCCACGCCUAUGCUGUCUUCCUCAUGGAGAGGAUUUUUGACUUGCAGCUCCCACAUUACAGCCCCAGUGAUGAAAAGGCCAAGAUGAAACCGACUCUCCUCCACAAGGACCUCCAGGCGCUCACGGAAGCCAUGUACACCAACCUCCGCACUGUCCUGCUGGGGGACGCCACAGAAGCGGGCGGUGGCUGGCAUGAGAUGGGUCUCCUCGAUUUCUCCUACAACUUCCUGCUCAGAGCCGGCUACCUGACUCUGUAUGGAGUCGAAGCUCUGCCACGCACCCGUGAGAGCCGGGCCCAGGACCGCACCCACUCAGCCGAUGUCUUCCACACCUUCCGCCAGCUCGACCUCCUGCUCCCCAAACUGGCACGUGGCUCCCUGUCAGUGGGGGAUAAGGACCGCGUGUGCAGAGUCAAAGGUCACCUGUGGAAGCUGCUGUCCCCAGCCAGACUUGCUGCUCGGGCCCACCGGAGCAAGUGGCUGGGGAGUUACCUGCUGUACCUGGAGGAGAUAGGGGUGCCCGAGGACAUGCAGGCCCGGGCCCUGGUGCUGCAGCUCUGGGCCACACAGGGCAACAUGGGUCCUGCUGCCUUCUGGCUUCUGCUCUUCCUCCUCAAGAAUCCUGAGGCCCUGGCUGCUGUCCGUGGAGAGCUUGAGCAGCUCCUCUCCAGAACAGAACAGACUGUUUCGCAAAUGACCACCCUCCCCCAGAAGCUUUUGGACAGCAUGCCUGUGCUUGACAGCGUGCUUAGUGAGAGCCUCAGGCUCACUGCUGCGCCCUUCAUUACCCGGGAGGUCAUGGUGGACCUGGCCAUGCCCAUGGCAGAUGGGCGGGAAUUCAGCCUGCGACGUGGAGACCGCCUCCUCCUCUUUCCCUUCCUGAGUCCCCAGAAAGACCCGGAAAUCUACACAGACCCAGAGGUGUUUAAGUAUAACCGAUUCCUGAACUCAGAUGGGUCAGAGAAGAAAGACUUUUACAAGGACGGGAAGCGACUGAAACACUACAGCAUGCCGUGGGGCGCUGGGCACAACCAGUGCCUGGGGAAGGCUUAUGCCAUCAGCAGCAUCAAACAAUUCGUGUUCCUUGUGCUGGUGCACUUUGACCUGGAGCUGAUCAACCCAGACGUGGAGAUCCCCGAGUUUGACCUCAGCAGGUACGGCUUUGGGCUGAUGCAGCCGGAACACGACGUGCCUGUCCGUUACCGCGUCCGGCCGUGAGCUCUGCCGUGCACUUGCCUCCACCCAGCCUGCCCCCCCCCCCC